AUGGACCACGAAGAUCCCGAGGCUUUCUUGAAUCACUGUGAGGUGAACUUCACGGAAGCCUCCAUCGAACCGUCACUCUGGUCAAGGAUGGUGACGAAAUCCUUGACCGAAAAGGCCUCGAAGUGGUACGAGGUGUACAAGACACUCUCGUUGCCCUGGGCCAAAUUCCGCACGCUAUUAACACAGCAUUUCGCUGGUGUAUCUGCGCUAAAUAAAUUGCACAUUAAGCUCUACUCUACAAAACAGGAAGAGCGGGAAGCCACGGGUAUUUUUCUACAAAAGAAAUACCUGCUAGCUCUGAGACUGUUACCUCUGGCCCCAGAGGAUCAGAUUAUUUCGCUGCUACUGGAAGCCCUCAUACCCUCCAUAAAGAAGGUGCUCAGAGCAGCCAACAUAACCACGUUCGAGGAGCUGGUCGAACGCGCCGUUCAAGCCGAGGCAGAUGAAACAGAGGGGAAUCCCCAAAAGGCCGCUCGUGAACAACCGGCCAAGAACACCACCAUGAGCGGCACAUCUUUAACUGGUGCCGAGGCAAAAUCGGCCCCGACUAGGCCCCCGCCGCAAUGCCACUAUUGCCCGGGGCGUCACCUACACAGGGAUUGCCCGGUUAUUAAGUCACGACAAGCAGCCGCGGUUCCGGGAAACUGGAGGGACCGGGCGGCUGAGGCGGAUGACCCUGCUGCCCCGACAGCGCCAAGCACGUCCCAGUCUUAA